AUGCUCCGCUGUAACGCAUCGAGCACUAAUUACGUUAACAAUUCGGACAAAGAGUUCGUUGCGUCGACGAUACAAGCCAUUGGCCGUUGUGCAUCGAACAUUCCCGAAGUUACAGAUACCUGUUUAACCGGUCUAGUUAGACUGCUAUCCAAUAGGAAUGAAACGGUGGUGGCUGAAAGCGUUGUAAUGAUAAAAAAAUUAUUACAAUUAAAGCAUAAAGAUAAAUCUCAAAUAAUCAUACAAAUGACGAAAAUACUGAAUAAAAUUACGGUUCCCAUGGCUCGUGCCAGUAUCAUUUUGCUCGUCGGUGAAUAUGUGGAACGUGUUCCAAAGGUUGCCCCGGAUGUACUGAGAAUAGCCGCGAAGUCAUUCACAAAGGAGGAGGAUAUUGUGAAAUUACAAAUCAUCAAUCUAUUUGCGAAAUUAAUUCUAGUCAAUCCAAACCAGACUCAGCAGUUGUGUCAAUAUGUAUUAAAUCUCGCCAAAUAUGACCAGAGCUACGAUAUAAGGGAUCGAGCGCGAUUUUUACGUCCCAUUGUGUUUCCCGGAGAGAAGGUGGGACAGAUUGUUAAACACUCCAAGAAGAUAUUGCUGGCUUCCAAACCACCUCCCGUGUUAGAGUCAUCUUUCAAAGGUCAUGGUGAGUUCAUCGUCGGCUCUCUCUCCCAUCUCAUAAACGCACGAGCGUCUGGCUAUCAAGAACUUCCCGAAUACCCCGAGGUCCCUCCCGAUCCCUCUGUUAGAAACGUCGAGGUCGAGCCGUUGUGGGAGAAAUCUAAAUCGAAGUCAAGAUCAAAGAAAAAGUCUACAUUUUACUCGAGUGAAUCUGAAUCCGACUCUGCGUCGGAAUCUGAAUCAGGCUCCGGUUCAAGUGGAAGCAGCGGAAGUGAAAGUGAGAGCGAUGAAGGCGGCGAGAGCGUCAGUAAAUCUAGCAUGGAGUCUUUACCUGGAUCGGAAACAGAAAGCCAAGAGAGCGACGACGAAGGGGAAAAGAAUGAAAGAGCAAAGAGUCGAAAAAAAUCAGAAAGUCAGAGCAGCAUCGAGUCGAAAACGAGUGAAGAGUCUUCGGAUAGCGACGCCGAGUCCUCGGAAAGCGAUUCGUCACAGGAGAGUGACGAUGCUAAACAAGAAACGCCAGCGAAAAAAGUCGAAACGAAGAAAUCCGAUGAUGCUCCGAAGAAUAAACGAGUUUCUAAGCCACCAACAACUGAUCAAUUGCUUUCGUUUGAUGAAGAUAUUCCUGUGGCUCCUGUUUUAAAUGGUCCUGCACAUAAGAACAUUCUUUCUCCCUCGCUGGUGGACGAUAUGAAAACACUUUCCCUUGGUGUCGUACAGAAUGGAGUUGCUGCGGUUGUGCAAAAGGUCGUAACGGACUUCUCUCAAUUGAGGACUUAUGAACUGCUCAAUAAGAUGGCUGGUCGUGGAUUGCAGGCUCAAUACAAGUUCCCCCGGAGUCCGUGUCUGUAUUCGACUACGAUGGUCGCCGUUGAAAUAACUUUUACUAACAGCGGCAGUUCAUGUGUUGAAAACAUUCACGUUGGCGAGAAGAAAGUGGGACUCGGCUUGAAAAUAGCCGAUUUUCCUAAGAUUGAAUCGAUCGGUAUUGGUUCUACAGUCACCGUGAGCAUGGGGAUAGAUUUUAAGGAUACUAUACAACCAGUUAGUUUUGAGAUAUGCACGACGAAGUCCGAUAAGUUUACUGUCAAGUUGAAAUGCCCGAUGGGAGAACAGCUUCACGCGAGGCCGAUAACUGAAAAUGACUUUCUUACUUUGCAAAAGAAGUUGUCGGGUAUGAAUGAAAGCUCUCUGACUGUGGAUAUCCCGCAGGAGAACUGCGAGGAACGCGUGCUCGCGUCGAAAAUCCUGGGUUGUGCGAGUGUAGCGGCAUUACCCAGAAAUAGCAGCUUAAAUUAUUAUAGGUUUUCUGGGUCGGCUACUUCAUCCGGGGUCCCCGUAUUGAUAACUGUCGAACUUAAGGAGUAUGGAAAGAGAGUAGGAUUACGGUGA